GUGGAGAUUUUCAUUUUAUCUCUAUGUGUUUACCUAUGGAGUCCGGUUCCUGAAAAAGACCCCCUGGCUGUGGAAUACAAAGCACUGCUGGUACAACUACCCCUACCAGCCACUCACAACUGACCUGUACUACUAUUACAUCGUGGAACUGUCAUUCUAUUGGUCUUUAAUGUUCUCCCAGUUCACAGACAUCAAAAGAAAGGACUUUGGCAUUAUGUUCCUGCACCACAUUGUAUCCAUUUUCUUGAUUACCUUUUCAUAUGUCAACAAUAUGGCCCGAGUUGGAACCUUGGUCCUUUGUCUUCACGACUCAGCGGAUGCUCUUCUAGAGGCUGCCAAAAUGGCAAACUAUGCCAAGUUUCAGAAAAUGUGUGACCUCCUGUUUGUUAUGUUUGCCAUGGUUUUUAUCAUCACACGGCUGGGUAUAUUUCCUAUCUGGGUGUUAAAUACCACAUUAUUUGAAAGUUGGGAGAUCGUUGGACCUUACCCUUCCUGGUGGGUGUUUAACCUACUGCUGUUGCUAAUACAAGGGUUGAACUGCUUCUGGUCUUACUUGAUUGUAAAAAUAGCUUGCAAAGCUGUUUCAAAAGGCAAGGUGUCUAAGGAUGAUCGAAGUGAUAUUGAGUCCAGUUCAGAUGAGGAGGACUCGGAACCUCCAGGAAAGAAUCUUCACUCUGCAACAACCACUAAUGGGACCAGUGGUACCAACGGGUAUCUCCUGACUGGUCCUUGCUCCAUGGAUGACUAAUUACUCAAAACUAUAAGUCCCGAACAAAGUGAACUGUUUGUUCCUGGAAGUAUUUAAUAAGUUGCAAAUGCAGUUCCUUUCAUAAUAUCUCAUUACCAGAAACAAAAAUUAAGAUUAUCAAAGCAUUUUGAAUAGUGCACUGCCAUAUGUUCUGUCUGAAUGAAGAAGAAAUACCAUUCUGUAUAUGUAGGCAUGCUGUAUGUGAUUGACACAAGGGAACAGUGUUUGCAUUUGUACUGUCUUAGACUAUUAUUUAUUUUUUGUAUUUGUUUGUAAAUCUGUGGACAUAAGAGGGUUUCCUCACUCCUUUUACUCUCUGGGCUCAUGACAGUGAAGGAGAUGCUCCAUCUGCUUCUACCCCUUUCUCUUGCUGUAGUCUCGUGUGCUGUGAGCAUCAGCUUAGGUUGCCACUUAGAGCAAGCAAAACCCAGUGCAAAUAGAUUGGGCUUUUUUGUGUUACUGUGUCCAUUUUGAAGUUGCCUAUACAGUCACAGUGACUAUUCUCCCUGUGUAAAGUUUAAACAGGUUGAACUAGGUAUUUUAAUUGUCACUCUUCAUGGUCAUUUAGCAGUUCAGAUGAAAGUAGAUAUUACUGG